GUCUCACCUGGACUUUAAACCUCAUUCACAGUUGAAGUGAUUUAAGUAAGGCAGAGAUAUGUGUUUAAAUGUGGGUUUUAUCUCACUUUACACAGAUAAGUCGAGGACUGGUGUCUAUCAUUUUAAGGUGAACCUGAGGAUAAAGUCCAACUCUAGCUAGGCACAGGCACUGCAAUUCAGUGAACUCCCAAUCCGAACUCAGCUGUCAGCCGUUGUGUUUGUGUUUCUGCUGCUUGUCAUUCGAUCAGAGGAGACAAAUACAGAGUGGGAGACGAUUCUGGUGCAGACAACACAUUUCUACACUGUGUUUCAGGACACAGGUGGCUCUACUUAAUAAAAAGUAAAGGAUGAAGUAUUUGAGAUGCCUGUCGCCAGCAGUGGUUUUGCUGCUGCUUAGUGUGACUGGACUUGACAUGGACCAUCUCCAAGCUGAAAACCUGAAUCUCCUUUCACCAGAUGAGCAUAAAUUGGUCCUGAACCGUGGAAUGAGAGUGCUGCCCAGAGACUGCUAUGAAAUGCUGAUGGCCUCUUCAGGCCAGGCCAGAGACGGAGUGUACCUGAUCCAACCGGGGGACUCCCCCAUUGUGGCCUACUGUGCCAUGCAGGAGGGAGGCUGGACUGUGGUGCAGCACAUUACUGUGAAUAGCAGUGUGAAUUUUGAUCGCACUUGGGCUGAAUAUAAGAAAGGCUUUGGUUUUAUCACUGGAGAUCAUUGGCUUGGGAAUGACUACCUUCAUCAGCUUACCCGUGGGCCUGCACGCUAUAAACUAGGAAUAAAACUUGUGGACCAAGAUGCCGUCACAAAGAUGGGACAGUAUGAUCCAUUCCUGGUGGAGGAUGAAGCAUCAGCUUAUAGACUGAGACUGGGGUUGUUUGAGGGCACAACCGUAGACGCUCUGACGCUGGACACAGAGAACUAUCUCCACGACAACCAGAAAUUCACCACUAAAGACAGAGACAAUGAUAACUACUUCCAGAACUGUGCCAAACUGGAGUUUCAAGGGGUGCCGGGAGGAGGCUGGUGGUACGACGCCUGCGCCGGCGCCAAUCUGAAUCGCAGAAAUGUCAUCUAUUGGCAAAAAGACUGCAACAAGGAGCGGCUGUGCAAGUAUGCAUGGAUGAUGGUGAGACCUUCUGACACAGUGAAACUGAUUCAGAGUGGAGACUGCAAGAAGGAUGAGCUAUAAGGACAUCAUUCUCAGGAUUUGUGCCAGAUUUGAGUUUUUGUCAUUAAACACUACAAUGGGUGA